AACACACAGACAAAACGUUCAUAGUGCAUCUGGACUCUCAUGCUACAUUCUUCACAGUAUUUUCUGUGUUCGUUCUUAAAACACAAAGCAUCUAAUUACAAAAGCAAACAAACCCAUUGAUCAGAACUCAAAGCAGAAAACUUACCUUUUGGAGAGAGAGAGAGAGAGAGAGCAGACCGUGGAGGAGACGAAGCCCGGAAUACUGAAGUCCUAGUUGUCACUGCCAUAGGAUUGGGGCACUCAGUGACAAUGAUUUGUCUUCCCUUUGUUUACAUUUUACUUGUCUUACAUUUAGACAACUGCGAAAUAAUAGAAGAAAAUUAUAGAUUCUGAUUCAUUGUUACAUAAAUGGCUUACCAAUAGAUCUUGUAGGGCUAUUUAUUUACGCACAAGGAAAAAACAAAAACCACGUACGUUAUAAGCAAUUUCUGAUAUUUGCAUUUGAGGUUCUCAUGGUGACAAAUGUGGGCCCUAUUUUACUGUCAGUGAACCCAUACAGUGACGUGGGCAACCCACUAACUCUGACCAGCACACGAGGGGUUGUGCUUAGCCCCAAACUGCUCAGGGUUGUGCAGGAAGCGGUGAGACAGCAGUCAGAGACAGGAUACCCACAAGCCAUCAUUCUCUCAGGGACAAGUGGAUCAGGGAAGACAUAUGCGUCCAUGCUUUUGUUACGUCAGCUGUUUGACGUGGCAGGUGGUGGCCCAGAAACUGAUGCCUUUAAACAUCUUGCUGCCGCGUUCACGGUUCUCCGCUCCCUCGGAUCUGCCAAGACGGCCUCUAACUCUGAAUCUAGUCGAAUAGGCCACUUCAUUGAGGUGCAGGUGACUGACGGAGCUCUCUACAGGACCAAGAUUCACUGCUACUUCCUGGAUCAGACACGAGUUAUUAGGCCACUCCCUAAUGAAAAGAACUAUCACAUUUUCUACCAGAUGUUGGCAGGUCUUACACAAGAAGAACGAGCAAAAUUGAGUUUGGAAGGCUACUCUCCACACAACUUACGCUAUUUACAGUGUGGUGAUACUCGCCAAGAUGAAGCAGAAGAUGCAGCUAGAUUUCAGGCAUGGAAAGCAUGCUUAGGUGUGCUGGGAAUCCCAUUCCUCGAUGUUGUACGUGUACUAGCAGCUGUUUUGCUGCUUGGCAAUGUACAGUUUGUUGAUGGACAGGGUCUUGAAGUGGAUGUGAAGGGUGAUGCAGAACUUAAGGCAGUAGCAAGCCUACUUGGAGUGUCUGGAGUCGCUCUCUUCCGUGGCCUCACUUCACGUACACACAAUGCACGCGGACAACUUGUCAAAUCUGUCUGUGAUGCAAAUAUGUCAAACAUGACUCGUGAUUCCCUAGCUAAAGCACUGUACUGUCGAACUGUGGCUACAAUUGUCCGAAGGGCAAAUAGUCUCAAGCGUCUUGGGUCCACACUUGGGACACUGAGCUCUGAUUCCAAUGAAUCAGUCCACAACCAAGCUGAAAUUGCCAGCCAACAUGCCUCCACUGUUGGGACAGCUGGCUCCAAGUCAAGCAAGUCCAUGGCAGCCCUCAACAAUGCUGUACGCCAUGCUACAGAUGGUUUUAUUGGAAUCCUUGACAUGUUUGGUUUCGAGGAUCCUAAACCAAGUCAGUUGGAGCAUCUGUGCAUUAACCUUUGUGCUGAGACAAUGCAGCAUUUCUACAACACGCACAUUUUCAAAUCGAGUAUUGAGUCAUGUCGAGAUGAAGGUAUUCACUGUGAGGUAGAAGUGGAUUAUGUGGAUAAUGUGCCCUGUAUUGACCUCAUCUCUUCACUGCGCACAGGUCUGCUAAGCAUGCUGGAUGUAGAGUGCUCCAUUCGUGGCACAGCAGAGUCAUAUAUUGCCAAAGUUAAAGUCCAACACAAGCAGAAUCCACGGCUCUUUGAACCCAAGCCAUUAGAGCCCCGCACAUUUGGUAUCCAGCAUUUUGCUGGACGGGUCGUGUAUGAUGCAUCUGAUUUUCUAGACACAAACAAAGAUGUAGUGCCGGAUGACUUGGUGGCUGUGUUUCACAAACACAGCUGCAACUUUGGUUUUGCCACACACUUGUUUGGCAGUGAACUGAAAGCUCUGUAUUCAGUUGAAACUGUUCCACGAGGAGUCAGUUUCAGGAUAUCCCCCACUUCUCACACUGAUCUGCUGAAUGGAGAUGAACCAGUGUCCACACUCACCCAAGACUUCCACACAAGGUUGGACAACUUGCUGAGAACACUAGUCCACGCACGGCCACACUUUGUACGCUGCCUCUGUAGCAAUGCCAGUGAGACACCUGGGCGCUUUGAACGUGCAAGUGUCAUGAGGCAGAUUCGUUCACUACAAGUUUUAGAAACUGUCAAUCUCAUGGCUGGAGGUUACCCUCAUCGGAUGCGCUUCAAGGCAUUCAACUUGCGCUACCGUUUGUUGGCACCAUUCAGGAAACUGCGUCGUGCUGAUGACAAGGCUAUGGAUGACUGUCAGCUCAUACUACAGUGUCUGCAGCAGGCCAUGGAGGAGCAGCCAAAGCUGCGUCAGUGUGCAGUCAGCAACAGCUGGGCGCUUGGGAAACGGCACAUCUUCCUCAGUGAAGGAGCUCGUCAACAAUUGGAGACCUUACGAAGUGGAACUCGACACAGAGCAGCCGUAUUGAUACAGGCAACAUGGCGAGGAUGGCACUUGAGGCGACGAUGGCCAGCACUUCGGCGCAGUCUGGAACUACAGCAGCAGACAGCAGUGUCAGCAACUGGAACUCUGCCUGGAGUGGCCAAUACAAGUGUAGCUGUUGUCUCAGUGCAGCAGACCCGGACAGCAGUGACUGUGACAGGAACUGGUACUGGGGCACCUACAGCAGGGGCAUCCUCCACACGGCCACGUCCACAACCCAUUGCUGGCACGCCACCUCCAGAUCCAGCAGAGAAAUGUGACCAUAAAAUGAUCCAGCAAACCUGCACACUUUUUGGACUGGACUUGGAACGUCCGCCACCAGUACCCCCAAGCCGCCCUUACACUGUAACAGGCAACACCAAGUUGGGUUAUCCACAGACCAGGGUCAUGAAGAUGCCUUUUCCAGAGGAUGCAAGUGGAGAAGUAGUUUUGCUUCAAGGAGAGACAGUCCUUGUGGUUGGUGCAUCACAGCGCCGUGGCCACCUGGUGGUGGAACACAACAAUGUUAGUCUUCACGUUCCAUUCCAGUUCUUGGAACUCAAACCAGUUGGAGUCAACAUAUAGCUGCAAACAUCCAAUAUAUGACAAUUAACUUGUAGGACGAGGUUUUUACAGUGGUGAGUCUGAAGAUGGCUGUCUUCUGAGUCAUUGCACCAUGUAGUCUGGUAGAAGUUUACCAACAUUUCAGGGGUCCUUGAUGUCUCCAUCAUCACCCUAAUCAUGGAGGCAGCAAGGACCUCUGAAAUGUCAGUAAAUCUCUACCAGACUACAUAGUGCAACAACCCAGAAGACAGCCACCUUUGACAAUUAACUUAUGGAAAUAUACACCACCCAGCACUCACCAACCAUUACUGAAGCUCCUGAUGUAUUUGUUAUUUUCAACUGUUAUAACUGAUGCAUAUUGACCUUUAUAUUUCUGUAUCAGUAAGUGUC